AUGUCGAAGUAAUAUACUGAUCAAAUAGCUCACUGGAUAACAUAAGUGAAUGUCAAUAUACACUUGUUCUUAAUGUAUGUUUUGACUAACGGAUUACUUAUUAAAUGUGAAAGUUUUCGUUCUGUGCGAUUUUUCAUCUUUAUUGACACAUGGAUUACAGGGGGAACAUAAUUACAAUAGGAUAAAAAGUCACAUUUUCCAGGAUGUCAUCCCGAUUAACUAGUUAGUCUGGUUUCUGAAGCGUGGAAUUUUCGUCACCGUUAAGUGUUCAGUGUCACAAGAUGCAGGGAUGUUACAGUAGAGAAAUGGUGCUUCUUGCUCUCUUUUAUCUUCUUAUUUCGUAUUCCACUGGACAGGAUUUAACGUACAGAAUCCAAGAGGAACAAACGCCGAACUAUUUCAUCGGGAACAUCGUCAACGAUUCAAGGUUUUUGGAGAAAAAUAACACAGAAAAAGUCGAUCGUGAAAACAUCCGUUUUAACAUUCUGUCCCAGGGGAAUCCGCUGGCUGUGUAUUUCAGAAUAAAUGACAAGAGUGGGGCGUUUUAUACCAACUCUACGUUAGACAGGGAAUCCCUCUCACAUUGUAAAUUUUCGGAGAUUUGUGAGAUUCGAUUGGAUGUGAGUGCUCAAUCGACAAUUGGAACAUUUUUCCAAAUCAUAAAAGUGAAAGUCGUUGUUUUAGAUAUAAAUGACAAUAAACCAUUCUUCGUGAAAAACAAAACAAAUUUGGAAAUUUCGGAAUCCUCCAUUCCGAAUUCAUCACUCUCCGUGGAAGGCGCAGUGGACCUGGAUAGUGGUGUGAACACAAUUCAGACUUAUAAACUGAAACCAACAGAUUCCCCUUUCGUUUUAAGUUAUGAUACAUCUUUAGUUGGAAGCUCUGCUUUAAAACUACUUCUGAACAGGACAUUGGAUAGAGAAAAAGUAAAUUCUUAUGAUUUGGUGAUAGAAGCCAUUGAUGGUGGAAGCCCAGCUAAAACCGGAAGUCUGUUGGUUUUUAUUUCUGUAACAGAUGUGAACGACAACCGACCAGCAUUUAGUCAACCGAACUACAAUAUAACGAUAGAUGAAAACGUUAAAGUGAAUUCGGUGAUUCUAAAUAUGAGUGCCACAGACAAGGACUUGGGAAAGAAUGGAGAGGUAAUAUACCGCCUUAGUCCUUACCAGUCAGACGACAUUAAACAAAUGUUCUCGAUCAAUGAAACCUACGGAAAUCUUAGUCUGAUAAAACCUUUAACUUAUUACUCUGGUGAAAUACUCAAAGUUGUGAUCGAAGCAUCGGAUAACGCUGAUCAACCUUUGAUCUCUCAAGCAACUGUAAAUGCCAGGGUACUAGAUUCAACAAACAGCCCCCCAAUAAUCAACGUUAAUUUGCUGUCGAAUGCUGGGACCGCUAAGAUCGCUGAAUCGGCUAGUAUUGGAGCAGCUGUUGCACACGUAGGUGUUACGGACGAGGACACUGGCCGAAAUGGACAUGUCAACUGUUCUGUUGACAGCUCAAACUUUCGACUCGAUAAACUCGAUGUUAACGAAUACAAAGUAGUUGUAAACAUCGAGCUGGAUCGAGAAAAGAUUGAUACAUAUGACAUCACAGUAACCUGCAUCGAUUCUGGAACCCCACCUUUGAAUUCGUCCUCGACUUUUCAGGUUACGGUCAUUGACAUGAAUGAUCAUUCACCUACAUUUCUCAAGACAACCUACUAUGCUGAAAUGUACGAAAACAACAAUAUUGGAAUUGAGAUCCUCAAAGUAUCAGCUUUAGAUUUUGACAUCGGCAUCAACGCUGACAUUGAAUAUUCUCUUUCUCAAACCGGACGUUUCGCUUUCGCUAUUGACCCAACUUUUGGUACUAUAUACGCUAAUUUCAAAACAGACCGAGAAAAUUCAUCUGAAAUCAAUUUCAAAGUGGUUGCAACAGAUAAAGGAACCCCUAGAAGAUCAUCCACGUCCAAUAUAGCCAUUAAAAUUCUGGACACCAACGAUAAUAAACCAAGAUUUACUGACCCACUGUUCACAUAUACCAUUCCGGAAAACCAGAGGCCAGGACUAUUUGUGGGACAAUUGACAGCUAAGGAUGACGAUCUUGGAAAUAAUGGAACAUUUGACUUCAUUUUAUCUAAAGAUAAUGAACCAAAUCUGCCAUUCUUUAUUUCAAAGAAUGGGACCAUUACCACAACAGAAGCAUUAGAUAGGGAACAGUAUCCACAUGGAAUCAAUUUCAAGGUGGUCGCCAUCGAUAAGGGUACUCCGACAUCCUUAAACAGUACCGGAUACGUCACAGUCUUCAUGUCCGAUGUAAACGACAACCGUCCUGAAAUAAUAUUUCCUAAUGCGGAAAAUAAAACUAUUGCAUUUCUGUUUGAUCUUCCAAUCAAUAGUAUUAUUGGAAAAGUAAACGCUAUAGAUCAGGACUAUGACAUAAAUGCCAAGCUGUCGUACUCAUUCAUUGAACCCAUUAGUUUCAUUUCAAUGAACCAAGACAGUGGAGCGAUAAAACUAAAUAUGCCCUUAACUUCGGAAUCUGUGAAUCGAUACCCCAUGACGGUUGUUGUAGAGGACCACGGUGUACCAAAACUAUCCUCCAAUUUUUCAAUGACCAUUGUCGUUUUAUCCCAUCAUAUUCCUGCCCCUGUUACACCAAGAAAGGCAGAAAACGAUAACUACAUGAUGAUUGCUGUCGUUAUUUCCUGUGUAACUGUAGUGGUGGCGGGGAGCAUCAUCCUUGUGAUCUUUCUCAUCAGGCGGAGCGACCAACAGAAACGUGCUCUGGAAAAGAACAACAAUGGCGUCAUAAUCUCCAAGAACCAGAAUGCUGUGAAUGAAGGCAGGGAACAGUAUGACGCGGUACAUCACGCCAUGAAAAGAGAGAAGAGCGAGAAACGUGUUAGUUUCUCAACGGAAGAGGAAAAGAAAUACGACACGUUGGAAAUGGAACGCCAUUUAUACCAGAAAAACCCUCCAAAACAGGAAGUGGACAGGAUUUUGGAUACAAUAAUGCCUCCCCCAAACCCCCGAGUGGCGCAAGUGAAAGCUGUGCCCAGUCCCUCCACGUAUAACUCCCAGCCCCCCUCCCAGAUCGAGAAGCUCCAACUUCACCAGAACAUCAUCAACAUGCACGCUAGUCAGAUGCAGCCCCAUUGUGACAAUGACAGUGAAACAUCAUUGGAAUCCAACACGUCUGACAGUGGGCGGGGAGGAAGUGAAAGUGACAUCCACAGCAGCGGGGGUCUCUCCCAGUGCCAGGAACUGGAUUUGCUGAAACAGUUAUAUCCUCGUGAUAAUAAUCAAGAGCAUUAUAGACUAAAAAAUACUACAGGCAAUGUGGUUAAUUUAAGAGACAUAAGACCAAAACUUAGAGAAAACAGUAGAAAUGUUCCGAUGGAUAACGUCCACCGGAAGUAUGCAGAUCGACGCGUCAACCAAUAUGGUGACCCUGUAGAUAUUCAUAAUAUUCCUUUUUCUGCCUACAAACCAAAAAGAUAUACGCAUUUUAAUUCCGUGUCAGACAUUUUGGAUGGAAGUAUGAUGACAAACGACGAUGACGAUGAUCUUAGCACAACCACUUCCGGUAGCUAUACCGUCGAUGAUUUAGAUGACGACAGCUUACAUCCGGAAUGUGUUGUCUGAUGAACAUUCCGUAUAUUUCCAGUCUUGUGUUCAAAUUCUCAUUUUUUCAUGAAAAUAUGAACUGCAUAAUGAUAAUGUAUCUAUGCAUUGAUAUUAUAGUAUACAUGUAGACAUGGUAUUCAGAAUUCACGAGGCAAUCUAGAUAUUUUCAUUGCGUGCCAUUUACCUUUUAGAAACGGAAAUGGUUUUAGCAAAUAUGAAAUUACAAAUAACAUAAUGAUCUAAAUAUCAGAUUGCCGAUUUUGUUUAUUAGGCAAAGUGACUUGCCAAGAGACAUACAGGACAAACAUGUCUUUGAUCUUUAUUUGCAAUGUGCCAAAUGUUAUUUCGAUUUGUUAAUACAGAUUGUAUGAUUAUGUAUUAAA